GCAACAACCAACAGACUUAUCCACCAAGCAUGGUUGAUCAUGUGCGGAUCUCAUCCCCCCCCCCCAACACAGGAGGUUAAUUGCUGUUUGUCUUAUAAGUACCGGGAAAGGGGGUGGGUGUUCACGCAGAUAUUGCCAAUCUCCCAUUAAUUAGACGCGACGGAGAUUUUGGGUCGUUUGCUCCAAACCUAGGUGGAGUUGGGCAAUGUUAGAGCCCUAUCCUAUGGGCAGCAUAAAAUAAUAAAUGCCAGUGUUAACACACUGUCUGAAACUAGCUUUCUUUCUUUCUCUUUUUGUCUUCUUCCUCGUCCCUUUCUCUUUCUCUUCUUCCUCCCUCCUCUCCUCCCUCUUUCUCUUUCAUUAUUGUAUGAAGUGGCAAGUGUAGAAAAUUGGCCAGAGGCUUGUAAAAUGUUUAUAAGGCGAUUGUCUGCUUAUUCUGAAGCUCCCUCUUUAUGUCUGUUGGAAUCCCCUUGUUUAUUGAAAUGCCUAUCUAACUAUUAUCAACAAUAAUACUUUUUUCAGAGCAACUUCGCUGUGACCACUCUUUGAAUGGUCUUCCAUAAAUGUGGGAUGGUGGGGCAAGGGGGAGGGAAUCAAUAGUAUCCAGUAUUCAUCCUAAAAGUGUAAAUCAAGAGAUCUUAACAUUUGUUGCCUUCAAUGUGGAAUGUAGACAGAAUGUUACAAGCACUGUUAUUUCGGAGUUCCACCAUUGUUUUUCCAGCAAGGCCUUUAAUGGCUGGUCUCCAAUGCAUUCAACAAAUGAAGCUUUUUAUCUUGGGACAGAGAUGCAGAGAUGGAAAUGGCUCCACCUUUAGAAUUUCUGUGUUAUCUCGUAUAAGUAUUUAUCACAUAUUUGGUGAGUUCUGCACAGCUGAGAGAUCGGUGGGGAUACUGAAGGAUAUUAUGUGAGUUUGCAUAAAACUUAUUGACAUGCCUAGUGGCUGUUGCACAUCUCUUCUCAGAGCUUACAUCCUGCCAUAUAGUGCCUUAUUCUGCAGUUGUACAUACUUUAUAUCCCAAUUAGAUGUUCCUGCUGACUUGUAGCAGUCUGAACUUUGUAUGGUUGCACCAAUGCUACAUUAGGACACCACAACAUUUUUGUUUUAAAAAUGGUAGACACACAGUGCUUUCCUUCUCUUUUUUUGUUUUGGUAAAACGGAGGUGCCAGUGCUCAUAUAUUGAUAAAAAUGCAUUUUUAUUAAGAAGUGGCUGCCAUAGGCAGCAAAGAAAGAGGUGCUGAGUAGACAUAUUUUUAUAGCUAUGUCAAGCAUUUGUAGAUUUUGCUCAAUACAAGCAGUCCAGACCAAUGUAUGGUUACUUGGAAGGUCCACUGAGAUGCAUUCUCAAAUAAGCAUGCAGGACUGCAACCAAAGUAGCCCAAAUGACAAGGGUUCCAAGAGGUGGCUCCCAUACCCCUGUGUUAAGGCCAGGGUUGUCAACUUGAAUAAAAUAUUGGGGGGACCAGGAAAGCCCCACCCUGCAUAAUGGAUCACAUGGGGCAGCACACACACAGCAUGUGAAUGGUAAUACCCAUCAACCUGGGGGGGCGCCCCCUCACAUAUUUUAUGGGGGGGUGUGUUUGAAGGGACAUCAGCCCCUAGGAGAUGGCUCCUAUGACUAAGGCUGUGUACACACAAUACCUAUAAAGCACAUUCUUUGCCUCAAAUAAUUGUGGGUGCUGCAGUUUACCCCUUGCAGAAUUACAAUAACCAGCCAACAAGCCAGGGCCAGCCCAACACAUUUUGGCACCCGAGGCGGACCACAAAAUGCCACACCCCUCCCUUUCAGGGAAGAAGAGAUGUGGGAAGAUCUUUAUCAGGAACAAGGUGUGGCAGGGGGGAGAUCAACAUUGGGAUGUGUUGCUCACCUGAGACAGUUGCCCCAUCUGGCCUCAUAGGUGGACUGGCCUCCCCUGUAUCCCUGUGCUUCUCUGAAAAGCCCCUCUGGAGGGUCGAGGGCCUUCCUGGACAAUGAGGAGCUAGGCUUAGGAGCUCCUGAGGGAACCCCCAAAUCAGGCUUGAAGGAGUGAAGAAGUUCAUGGAAGUUAACAUGCGGCACCCCACAUUGUCCAGAAGGUCUCCCAACCCUCCAGAAAGAUUUUCACAUGGUAUCUGUUGGGGAAGGGACCCUUUCCAUCCAUGAACUUCCUUAAGGUCAAUGAUAUAUGUACAGUUACUUGGGAGCAAGUCUCACUGAACACAAUAGGGCUUACUUCUGAGUAAAUAUGCAUUGGAUUCCUAUGCAUGUUGUUGUUAUGAGCUUGUCUGUUCUGUUCUGGACUUGGGGCUCGGCUGGAACCUAAUAGGGAAGCAAGAUCUAUUGGGGUGUUAACUUCCUCACCCUGUGCUCAGCUUGUAUCUGUGUAGUUAAAACCAUAUAUCCUAAGAACACCAUGGUCUUCCAUUGACCCUCAUUCCUAGGAAACUGAACCCUGGGAAAGUGCAGGAACCCUCGGAGUCUCUUGCUGCUCAGAGACUGGGGUGGCAGGUAGCAAUAUCUUAGGAUGCAAGUCUUGGUGUUUUGCUUUUCUUGGGCCUUAUUCCAAUUGCUUGAUUUUCUAAUGUGGGAUAAUUAUUAUUAGCAGCAAAUAAUCAAGUAUUUUGGGAGGGGGCGGGGAGGCUAGCUGAUUUUAAGAGCCUCAGGAGCUCCAGACAGAGAACACUGCCAGCUACUAUGACUCAAAUUCUCUUUCCUGAACCAUGGCCCAUGGGCACUGACCAGUAUGGUCUCUUUUUUAGUACCAAUCUGCUGAUUUUGCUGCUGACUCAAAAGCUGUUGGCAGAUGCGCACAUAGCAAUUUCUACAAUUUAUUACUGACAUGUAAUUACUUUGCAUCACUUACAAAUACCACUUCGCUGCAAUUAGUUUAGGAACUCCUCGACUGUAAAGUGUACAGCAAAUAGAGAGAUGGUACUGCAAAUCCCUAUUCGCCUCUCAGUGGUUUGUACUAACCUUAAACAGAAUUGUACAGAGUUAUGGAGCCACCAUACACUCAAUAUCUUGUAGUUAGGCUAUCCCUGUCCAGGAAGGGACACAGUUGGGCCACUAGCUGAAGCUGAUGGAAGGCACUCCAUGCCACUGAGGCCACCUGAGCCUCCGUGAAUAGCAAUGGAUCCAGAAGCUGUGUGCUCACUCCCUCAGUGGGAGUGUAACUCCAUCAAGAGCAGGCAACCUCCCAUCCACCCAGUCUAGGGAACCACCCACUAACAGUGCCUCAGUCUUAUCUUGAUUGAGCUUCAGUUUAUUGGCUCCCAUCCAGUCCCAUUCCUGAGGCAAGACAAGGCAUUAUCAUCUUCUGCACCUGCUGAAGUUUCUGAACCAUCUUCAGAGGCAGCCCCACAUGAAACAUAUUGCAGCAAUAUAGAUGCCUUCCUGUUUAGGGAGGCUGUGAUUCUGCAUCAUUGGAGGUGCAUGUUAGCCAUUAUUCUAUCAAAAUUCUGAGUAGUUUGCAAAAUAUGCAGGACAGGGCAUUACCCUAACUUCUGCUUUAUUUCCUCCACCAUUUUUUGGAAUCACCUCUACAUUUACCAUGCGCAGUAACUAUAAUUUUUCACACUUUGCCAAUCUUAUCAAUUUGGGUUGUGAGCUACAGUACACAGAACUGUAGGUUCUGCUCAUGAUGACCCACAGUGUCAUAAAAAGGAGACCAUGCUGUAGAGAGACAGGGAAAGCAAACCACACACAAAAAGGCUGCCUAGUAAACUUCAUGCCUGAAUAUGUUCUGGGCCUGAUUUGGUACACAGCAUUUCACACAUGUACACAUACAAACCCCUUCUCAAUGUUAGCCAGGGCUAAGCAAGACAAAAUAAUUUCAUUACCUUCCAUCUGCACUAUUUCCACUCUAUGGAAGCUAAAACCCAUAAUGGACAUGUAUUUUCUUGCAGGAGUGAAUGUAUUAAAUGAAGUAAAGAGGAUGGCAACCACCAUAGACUUCUGUUUCUGCAUAACUAAAAAAUGGUAAGAAAGCUUGAGGAAAUUUCUAAGGAACCACGUGAUUUCUUCGACCUCUCUUCUUCUCCAUAUUAGCCCUGAAUAGCCACAGGAAUUGGCAGUGACAUUCCCACCAGGAGACCAUAUUAUAUUGGUUUGGCCUGGGUAACCUAAACAUUAUUGCUGCAUGUUCACCCCACAAGUUGCAGAGUCUCAAGGUCUGGCAUGUGUUCACAAUCCAGGCUUCAGUUAUAGUCAGCUAUGUUUAAAAUCACCAUUUGCCAUAGUUGCUAGUCUACAUUUAAACAGAGAGGCAUGGAUGGAGCUUGUUCCAUGAACUAAUGCUGUCGGUCUCUCUGCUUGGAGCUUUACUCAUAAUGACAAUCAUGUCUAUCACUCCUCACUUUGAGGACAAGAGUGGCAGACAUUCCACACAGCUUGUCUCCAGUCCAGACAGAUGCUUUUAUCCUCACAUCGUGCAUGAUUGCAUGUUAUUGCUUCCAGUUGCUAUUUGCCCCAUGCAAGAAGCGUCCAAAUUCCACUUCAGUAAAAUUGGCAGUACCUUUCAAUACCCGCAGAAGGGUUACAGGCGGGUGCAUUUUUCAAAACACAUUCUUGUGCUAUUAUUCUCCUACCCUGGGGAAAUUGGGACAUGUGAAAUUAAUAGAAAAAUUAGAACAGCCUCAUAUAUAUAUAUAUAUAUAUAUAUAUAUAUAUAUAUAUAUGGAAGCACUGCAAAUCGCAUUGCUUUUUGAUAUGACUAUCUGCCCUUGCAUGCAACUGGCAUCACUACACAACAAAUGCCAGAAGAGCAAAUCCUAGUGAAGUAGCAAUUACAGGAAAUAAAAUUACCCUUCUAGAUAUAGGAUUGCUAUAAUUAUUCUUGAGGGUAAUUGAAUAUCCAAACUGGGAAGAAAGUUAAAGGCCGAUCCAGUUGGUUCCUGGUGUGUGCUAUGCGGCAAGCACAGCUAAUCUGUUCAUGGGAGAGCUGCCAAAGGGGAGGGGGACCUCCCUUUGAAAAAAAAAGGUGGGGAGGAUGCAGCAGGCAACUGGCUCAGCCCCUUAGUGUUUGACCAUGCCUGAACAACAUUCACUGAGUUACAGAAUUUUUGCCAUCCUAAUCCAAACUAAAAACUAGGUCCAUGCAAAAAAAGGUGGUUUGGAUAAUGCAUUCUGAGCUUAGUUUAUGGUGGUUCCUCAUACUGUACUUUCAUUUAUUUAUCUGAAUUCCAAAUGGGCAACUCAUGAAUGCGCAUUCUAUUCUAGGUUUUUGUAGCAAUUUCAAAAAGAUUGUGUUUUCAAUGUCUUUGUAACAGUGGUUUACGGUUGUCAAGCAAGUAUCAAUCAAUGGCUUUAAAAAUUAAGUUCCUCUCAUGUUUCCAUGCCAUUUCCCUGAUAAAAGGCUCUGCUGCUUAACCUGAAACUAGAGAAAGAUGUAUGUGGUAAUGUGCAAACAGCCACAAACAACUUGAGAUGGCAUGUCUCAGUCUUGUGUGUCUGUUCACCUGCUGCAAAGACCAGACUGAAUCUUCACAAACAUUUUAAGAAUGCAAGUAGGGGGAAGUACUGUAAGAGGAGGUCUUGAAGAUAAGCAGAGCCAAGAAUAAUGUACUGUGGAUGACUUCUCACUCAUGCAUCCAUGAGGAUGUUGACAAUUGGGAGGACAGCACUGAUAUCAAUUAAAUUCUAAGGGUUGUGGUCCUUAACCUCACUCACACAAAAGCAGAGGCUAAAGCUGAGCCUGAAUUACAGUGGUACCUCGGGUUACAUACGCUUCAGGUUACAUACACUUCAGGUUACAGACUCCGCUAACCCAGAAAUAGUGCUUCAGGUUAAGAACUUUGCUUCAGGAUGAGAACAGAAAUCAUGCUCUGGCAGCGCGGCGGCAGCAGGAGGCCCCAUUAGCUAAAGUGGUCUUCAGGUUAAGAACAGUUUCAGGAUAAGUACGGACCUCCGGAACGAAUUAAGUACUUAACUCAAGGCAUAAGUCAGGCUUCCUCAGACUCAGCCCUCCAGAUGUUUUUGGCCUACAACUCCCAUGAUCCCUAGCUAGCAGGACCAGUGGGCAGGGAUGAUGGGAACAGUAGUCUCAAAACAUCUGGAGGGCCAAGUUUGAGGAAGCCUGGGAUAAGACUUUCCUCUGCUAUAUUAAGGUCCUGCCUGAUUCUAAAAGAAUAAAUCGUAGUCAUUUAAGACAACUUAAUGAUGCUUUACCUGACACAUACAAAAUGGCUGCCGUUUUGGAGAACUGUACUGAAAAGGCAAGUACACAGCAGCCUCACUGCUAGCCUGGGUGGCAGGCAGUGCUGUUCAGGACAGACAGUAGUUUUAUGGAGCCUGGUGGAACUAUACUGGCUCUUAGUAUCACAUGACCAUUGUUGAACUAUUCUCUGCAAUUCUACUUCCUGGCCAUUCUUUCUAAUGCAAUUUUACAAAAAUUCCAGGAAAUGUAUUGUUAAUGGAGCUUCUAGAUUUUGAAUUUGAAUCUUGGAUUUAUGCUGUUAUUCUCAAUUUAAGAGGGCUAAUGGCUGAUCAAUAUUUAGUUUUGAACACGUAAUGACAUACACAACAUAGAGUUGCAAUUAGUAAAAUACAAGGUGUAAAAUGAUGGCUGUAGAUUGGCAUUGUGGAAAAUUAGUCUUUUUUUAUAAUGCCCAUCAUGCAUAAUACCUCAAACUACUUAAGAUAAACCACAUUUUAAUUUUUUAAAAAGUAGAUUGCAAAAGCUAACAUGUCAAAAUGAUUUUAGAGGAAAGGGAUCCUUCACUGGUUGUGAAUCUUGUUUACAAACAAGGAAUUUACUAGGGGAGCUGAUCUGUCUUGUCAUCGCUGCAGUGAAGUCAAUAAUCCUAACCAAGUGUCUCAUGUUUUAUUAUAUUCCAUGCAUACCUCGCCAAUGAGAGUUGAGUACUAGGUUAGUGUUCCAUUUUAAGAUUUCUAGGAUAGCUUUUCAAAGAGACCCAUGAACAAAUACGAAGGGAUAGACUUGUUAUCAUGGCAAGUGAACUCACCUUGGGCAUUUUAAAAAAUUUUAAUCUGUGGAUUUAUAUGCAUGAAUGGUUGGGACAAAUUCAGUUGGGCUAGGGAAAAGCAUUCAACAUAAAACAGAAUGUUCAGAGAGGAGCUGGGAAAGAGCUGUUGGUGAGUCCUGAUUCCCCACUGAAGGAAAAUCUUGUUUACACAUAGUGUCAGGAACCUUGGUCCUCCUUGGAACAUCAGGGUAUGAGGCUAGGACCUAAUCUAGUAGAUGCUCUGUACUGUGUCUGUUCUGACCUGCAGAGGCAAAAAGAGCCUAGAGAUCAGCCACUUUCAAAUCAGGGCGCUUGGCUCACAAACAACCAACUCCAAAUGAGAGAAAUUGCGGGAAUAGACAUAAAUCCUGAUGUGUAUGCCAGCUACCUGCCUUCUGUGGCUACUGCAGCUAGGGCUGGGUAAAGGAUGAUGAAAGAGACAAGGGAAAUUCUGAUUGUUUGCUAAACAUGACUGAAACAAUAUAUUGCUUAAAGCCCAGGCUUAGGUCACUGGCUACCAGCAUGAAGCUCAUGGACCACAGUUGGGAAUCUCUGUUCUAGAAGGUAUUUUUAUGAGCUUUUUUUCUGAUGCUGUGAUCAAGUUCUUAUGUAAUUUGAUAGCAAAAGGUGAAAAUUGUGAAUUAAGAAUUUGGUGUUAGUUGUGCAUGUACUGGUAGGAUAAACUAUGGUUACUAACUGGAUAAGAAUCUCUGCCCCCUCCACAUUUUACUAGAAUUUUGAGUGUGACAGAAAUGACAAGUCAUUAGUUACAUACAAGUCAGAGAAAGGAAUCAAAUGUCAGAAAGUGACAGUGAACUACACAUCCUUAUAGCUUGUUUCUCCUAUUCUAAAUAUGGCUUGUGGUUUUGUUUACAUAUUGAAGCCCCUUGAGGUGAUGUGUAAUUUCAAAGGAAACUAGCCAUCUCUCUGAGGUGGUAAGUUUUGAUGCGAACCACUGCUUUGAUAUGGGAGUACCUAAAAUAAACACAUCUCUACAUGAAAACUAUGGUAAUAUGCACGAGAGGGAAAUUUACUCCCCUUCAUAUAAUGGCACCUUUCUCCAGUAUGCCUCCUUUGCAUGUGUGUGGUUUUACAGAGGAAGCCCUGUUCUCUGUGUGUCAACUGGUAAUAGAGUUCCUGGUGCAUUUAGUUAUCUGAGGAGAAAUAGUUUGGCCAUAUAAGGUGAUUGUAUUGCCAGCCUAACCAGUGGGUCAUGAGCCUCUGUAUAAUAUAACCAUAAGCCAUUGGUUUUCAGUGGGUGAGUCUAAAGCGGUCUGAAUUAGGGCUCAGCCAGACUUCCUUUUGUGCUGUGUUUCUAAGCACAGGUCUGCAGUUUAAAGCUCUAUGCAGGUUUAUUUUUUUCUUUUCCCCAGCACUUUCCCCAUGAAAACCCACUACAGUAUUUACUGCUGAAUUGGAGCUAACAGCAAUUUGCAGAAACCCAAAAUUGCCAUUUGUUCCAAUUCAGUGUUAAAGAGCAAGCUUUUAUGGGGAAAGUGCUGGGGUGGGGAGCAUGUAUAUAGCUUUAAAAUACAGACCGGUGCCUGGAAAGCUUGGGGCAAAACGCUAAGUUUGGAUGAGCCCUUAAACUGGAUUGCAACAAUGGCACUACAACAUUUCCCUUAAAAAAUGAAAAAGGGGGAAGGCAUUGAAGGGGAGAAGGAAGAAGAGGGGCAAAGUACAUCUAUGCUACAAACAGGGGUGGGCAAAUCUGUCAUUUUUUGUUUCUCUCAGUUUUUCAUAUUUCACAGAGAUCAGUUCUCCACACUUUUCCAUUGGUCUGAUUUUUUUUAAUUAAAAAAGCCCUCAUGAAAAUUCACGUGCGUUUUAAGUUAACGUAUUUCUGUAUGCAAUUUUGCCUAAUAUACACAACUUUGCAAAUGUAUUUCCCCUCAAUAUAAUGCGUUUUAAUGUUAUUUUCACCAACACAAGCAUUUUUUAAGCAUAUGUUCCCCUACUGUACACGGUUAUUUUGGUACACAUUACUUGGGCAGCAGGGGUGGGGGUAGGGAGAACUGUAUUUCAAAAUUUGGAGAAGUGCAAAUUUGGCAUGUUUUGGAAAGGUAGUUCGCAUUAAAAUCCAGUGCCUUACUAUAUGUGCCAGUUCUAUCUAUGCUAAUUAAACUGUCAUUGUUUCCCCACAAAGAUAAUAGUUUAGUACAAAUGCUAAUAAAGCUGUAAGAGAUCUCUUAAUCUGCUCCAUGCAAGUGUAUUAGUAUGUACGGUGCACAAAUCCCAAGGUUCCUUUGGCAUAAGGAAAGUCUGUCAAGCCAGUAUGUCACUGAUUUAAUGAUUUGUGCGCGGUAGAGAGAUUUUAAAAAGGGGAAAGAGAGGCAUAAACAUUUUUUUCUUAAAACACACACACACAAAAACUGGAUCCCAUUGUCCAGAUUAGAGUUAAAGCAGGUAGAUGAGCUGUCUUCACCUAUUUAAGAUUCUGUCCGUGUUUGCAUUUCAAAUACAGUGGUACCUCGGUUUACGAACUUCAUUCGUUCCAGAAGUCCAUUCUUAAACCAAAGUGUUUUUAAACUGAGGCGCACUUUCCCUACUGAGGCCUCCCGCCACAAGUGCCCUUCUACCGUUCGGCUUCCGUUCGGCUUCCAGGGCAAAGUUCACUAACCAGAAUACCUACUUCCGGUUUUGUGGAGUUUGUUCACCGAAUAGUUUGUUAACAGGACUGUUUGUAGACUGAGGUACCACUGUAUAGCAUAUUCAGUUCAUUUGCUGCAGUGCCACAGCUGUGCACUGCUACAGAAUUUCAUAGGUUGUUUCAGCAAUGAAAGUCAGUGCCAGGCAUAGAAAUAUCUGAUAGCUUUGUUAAUUCCCAGAGUCCUGCAUAUAUAAUAUGCCCAAGAAGAUGUGGGUCGCUCAGGAAAGAUGACCCACUCUUAAGUUUCCCCAAUGCCCUCUGUGAAAGUGAGAACUAUUGUAUGUAAUACGUUAUUUCUAGCUCACAGACAUUAUACUUUUUAAAAGUCUUGUGAAGAAGCAUCAUGGGUAAAGCUCUCCGGGAAGCUUUGCUGUGGAAGUUCCAGUUAAAUGAAUGGUAAGAGCUUAUUAUUUAAGAGGUACCCUGCAUUUCCCUCCAGUGAUUUCACAGUGGCUUAAAUAUGGCCUCCAAGGGGACCUUCAUUCAAGCUGACAGGGUUAGGCCUGCAUAGCUUGCUUCAGUAAUAGACAGUCCUCUUGAGUGGUUCCUAAGCAUUUCAGUGCCAGGGCUUUCGCAACAUAGCUUCCCAGAGGAUUGGGCCCAUGUGUCAACUGAAGUCUGUGCAACAAUUUAUUAAGCAUGCUAUUCUUUCUCAAAUAUUUAUAUACCAGUUUGGUUGUGGUGUUUUGCUCAAUAAUGCCCGCACAGCUAAGAGCAAUUUAAUCAAUACAAUCAUGCGUAAAAUAAUUUAAGCAAUUAAAUACUGCAAAGGAGAAAGCCCAGCAUCUUAGCAAAUCCAUCCAAGUUUCCUAAAGGCCUGGGUAGGAUGGAUAUUGGCAGGCUUUUGUUGUGGCGGAAAGGUUGUAACCUUGGGACCAUGAUGUAAAAAGACGGAUCCACAAAGAAUAAGGAAAGUGUUCUUCACUUCUGAAGACACACACAUACCUUUAUAUGUUUUAUUCACCACCAGAUUUCUUUAAUGCCACACUGUUCAGCAUUCAGGAUAAAUAUUGGACGCCCAGAGGUAAACCCCACUGAAAACAAAUUGCAUUUUCAAGCCUGCUCACAGACAUGCUCCCAGUAUGUAGGCUCCAUACAGGGGCGCCAUCUCUGUGGGGCUGUGGAGAUUGGACCCCCCCCCUUUGAAAUUUUCAGUGAAGGAGCUGGGCCCCCUAUGAGCCACAUUCCUAUGAGUGUGUCCAGGGCUGUCGUUAGCAUAUGUCCCACACCCCUUGCACCCCCGGGUAAAGACGGCCCUCAGUGUGUCUCUCCUAUGAGCCACACCCAGCUAGUUAUGCCAGGCUGGGCUGGCUUGUUUGGUACUUUUAUUCAGUCUGAUGUUUUACUAAAUAAAGGAAUUCUGGAGAGGAUCUAGCAGUCAGGAGUUUAGUGGGUUAUUUCCUCCUGGCAAAAAAACCCUGUAACACUAAGUUCAUAGUUGUAUUCUUGCCCAUCUUCCUAUUUCACUCAUGUAAAUUCAGAGGGAGAUGUGGAGAAUCAACAGAGAGCAAAGCUGAAGGAGCGUCUCCACCCCCAUCGUUCAGCCCGGACACAGAGGUCCAGCUCCGAGGGCCUUCUGGUGGUUCCUCACUGUGAGAAGUGAGGUCACAGGGAACCAGGCAGAGGGACUUCUUGGUAGUGGUGUCCGCCCUGUGGAACGCCCUCCCACCAGAUAUCAAGCAUAUAAACAGCUAUCUGACUUUUAGAAGACAUCUGAAGGCAGCCCUGUUUAUGGAAGCUUUUAAUGUUUGAUGUUUUAUUUUGUUUUUAGUGUUCUGUUGGGAAUCGCCCAUACUGGCUGGGGAAACCCCGCCAGAUGGGUGGGCUACAAAUAAUAAAUUUGUUUGUUUGUUUGUUUGUUAUUAAACAUCAUGCUUACUUUUUCCUAUUUUCUUUGAACUCAUGAGCCAGGAGAACCAGAGAAAAGAGUGCAUUAACACAUUAUGGAGUGUAUUUCACUGUCUCCACACUUUCAUUGGCUUGUGAACCUGGAUUUCCUAAUGAAAUAGCAGGUGUCUUUCUGGGUUACUUCCACCACCCUCUUUCAGCCAUUUGUGAGUGAAUUUGAGGGCACUUUAAUUAUUUACAACUUAAAAGAUUGGCCCACCACAGUUUUCCCUAGCAGUGAGAACAAGUUUUAUUCAGACUUCCAAGGUAACAUUUUUGGAAAAUAUUAACCAACGCUUCAUACCAAAGUUCAAAAGCACUGUGAAAAUAGUAUCAACUUGGAUGGAUCUCACUAUUAAUCAUUAGCUUGCCCAAAAUGAAUGUAAGCGGAGGAGGAGGAAUGGAGAGAGAAAUAUUUAAAAGGUAUAUAAAACAUAUUCAUUACGUAUCUUUCUCUUAAAGUAGAAAAAUAACAUGAUUAUGAGAGCUUUCAAGUCUAACCCUGACAUCAGACCUUAUUUCAUGGUUCAGACAUUUUAAAACAUGGAAACUUUGUUUGUGGGCAUUAGAACAUAAUGGUCAGCUUUGAGAAGUGGCAGUGUUUAACUUCAGUCGUUCUUGGUAAGGUAUAAAUACUAUUGGACAUCAUGCUUGAGUAAUGUUAAAAUGUCUGGUUGACAACACGGCUCUAACAGCCAAGUUGAUAAGGAGCAGAUCAGCUUAUCGGUAACAUUCUUUUCACAAAGAGGUCGGUGUUCUUUUAGGUCCCUGAAGUGCAACAAUUCACAAUCAUUCCAAAAAUGUCUUAAUCAAAAUAUUUAUAGAACCACUGACCUUGCUCUUUUUUCUUUUUUGGUACCUUGUGCUUUUGUGGCACUUUGUGAUUUUUGAUUUUUGUGAUUUUUGAAGCAGCACUGCAAAGCACACAGGUAUAAGGUCCAUCUGACCACAGCUACAGAAUGGAUGGAGUAGCAUUGCUAGAGAGACUCUUUAUAUGCCUGUCUGUCUGUUUCCCUGUCCCACAGUUCAAUGAUGGCAUUUUGAAGACACCAGAGUUUGAGAAACAGAAACAAAGCUAACUUUAGAGAAACACCUGGACCUAUUGCAAAUUAAAGCCAGACAAUUCUGGCUUUAAUUAAUACAAACUGAAAUUAACAGCAUGGGUUCUGUUCUGUUCUGCUAUAUAGAGUACAAACCAAUGAGAACCUAAUUUCAAAUAUACAGAAGAGAAAAUCGGCCACCCUAUUGCUUUAUGAUCUUUCUUGGCUCUUCAGCGGCUAAAUCUGCCCCAUCUCUACGAACACUAGCUGUUUGGGGGAUGGAGGGGGUAUUAUGAAGAAGUGUUUUGUAAUAAGUUAUGUUCUUGUUCUGCUGUGGCCUCUUGGAGAUUUUUGCCUGCUCUUAAACAAAUUUGCAAAACCUUAACUACAGAACAUGAGACAUUGUAUCUCCUAAACCACUCAACAAGAUUACUUGAAAAUUGUGCUUUGCCUUAUAAGAUGAGAGGUGCAAUUGUCAUCGUCAUAUAUGAGUCUGGUUAAAAUGAGAGACAGAGGCCUGAAUUCACCAGUGACAGCUGAAAACUGGUGCAUGUUGGACUCUUCCCACCCCAUCUAUUUCCAGACAAUGCUUAAUUGACAACUCUCAUGGCUCAGCCUGGGAGGAAUUGAGGGCUCCCAACCCAGAUGUUAUCAAGUGAGUGGUUAAGUGUUGCAGUUAGGGCUUAAUGAAAUAUGAGGAGGAGGAGGCCAGGUUCUCUACACAGAGGCACAUAUCGAAAACAACUUGACUAUGCACACAAAGCUUAAAGUCAGUCCCAUCGGUCUAAAUGGGGCGUAUGUAUGAGUGGACAAGCAUAGAAUACCACCCUCAGUGACACAGGGGGCCACGGUUCCUCUUCUAUCAUAUAGUUCCACAUACAAAGCAGACAUUUGUGGAUCUUCUCUGGAAGGAUGCGUAAAUCUGGAGUGCAAGUUGGGUUUUUUAUUGUUGUUAGCCACCCUGAGCCCGGCUUCGGCUGGGGAGGGCGGGAUAUAAAUAAAAAUUUAUUAUUUAUUUAUUAUUAUUAUUAUUAUUUUUCGCAUUACAAGAAGCAAUAGAGGGCAGAAGUGUCUUUUUGGUGUAAUAAGCAUUCUACCAAGCCUGGUCAGAUGUGGGAUCACAUUAUAUGGAAACAACAUCUACUCUACAGGAGGCAAGUUCCCCUAGGAUUUAACUAAAUAGCAAGGCUGGUUACUGAGCACCUGAGAGUGCUCACUGGUGUUGUUUAAGGGAAUUCCUUCCUUCCUCCCCCCCCCUUUAAAAAAGACCCCACUAAAUGUAAAAUCAUUUCACUUUUUCUUUUUCUUUUUUUAUACAUCUUGAGCACUGGCUGAUGGGCUCAGCAUUCAGAAGGGCCCCUUACCAGCUUGAUCUGCUGUCCAUUCACUCUCUACUGGGCCCAGCUCUCAGCUAUGCUAGCUGGCUGCCUCCCUCUACUGCCCUGCCUUGUCUGGGCUUUGAGAAAGGACCAUGAGGGUCCUUCGUAGCCCCUGGCAUUCUGAGAAAGGUGAAGAGGCAUUGGCUGUGCCACGGCAGCUAGAAAGACUUUAAACUUGGAGGUCUAUAUAUGUCUUUCUAGCUGCUGUGACAAACUGCAAUAGCAGCACAGGCAUUCUUCUGGCCUCCUUAUCUCUGAAGAUGCCUUUUCUCAAAGCCCAGGUGCCAAGGGAGGUGGCAGAGAAGCCUCCAGUGUAGGUGUGACUACUACUACUAUAUAUCUAUACCCCACCUUUCCUCCACCUGCCGAGACUCAAGGCGGUUAUCACAGCAGCAAAGAAUAUUUUAAAACAAAAGCAGGGAUGGCAGAAGGGGGGGGGAUUAUGGCGAGGCCAUUGGUUAGGACAUGACUAUGUCCUCUCUGAAGUUUAGCACCAGCCCUGAAGCUGGGUGGGCAGCUGGGAGGCUGCAGAAUGCAGAUUACUUGGAGAGAUGACUUAUAGAAUGAAAGAAAGGAUACCCAACAAAAUCCAUCGGCCGCUGCUAAAGAAAGGUCAGUGCAUUCUUUUCAUGAGUAUUUCUCUCCCUUUUGAUAAUAAAUUGAUGGGGAAUAUUUGAAAGAAGAAGAAAAAAGAGUGGAAUAUUUUUUCAGCAAGGCACUAUGGGAAGCUGUCUCCAGGACAACUUGUCUUCUUCCCCUUGCCAGUGUGUUGCAUUAUGUGUGAGAACAUACCUGGAGGCAGCUCCUCUUACAUUCUUUAUAUAAAGCACAUAUAGUGAAGAAAUCUAUAAUGAAAACGAAUAUCUUAAAAAUCUGUUCUUACAGCAUGCAGGCAAAUAUGUGGUCUAUGAAUACUACACCAUCGAAUGGACUAUUUAAGCAACAGUUUCAGUCUGACAGCAUUUCAUCAAUAUUGCUGAUUUCUUUUCACUACAGAACAUUCAGGGUGAUGUUAUAUCCUGGGUUUCGAAGAGCUGCUUAGUAUCUCCAUUUCACAAAGCUGUAUUUCUUGGAAACAGCUUUGACAAAAAAAUAAAAUGGUAAACAGCCUAAUGGGAAGUAGAUCACUAUCUUUUUUAUUAAUCUGUGCAAAGAUCUGAAAGCAGCUUGAUCCUCACUCCCAUUCUGGAAUCAAUUUGCUAUAAAACAGCAGUAGUAUAUGUAUGUCCUUUCCCCACCAGAAAUCAAGUUUGCAAAAGGUAUUUUUUAUCCACUCCCUUGUGAGUGUCAAGCAAGGUUUUUGGCUAUUUCACUAUGAUGCAAAUGCAAAUGUUCUCCGAACCACUAAUAGGGCAAGUAACUCGUGUGGAAUAGCUUGAUAUUUAUAAGGCUGUCUCUAUUUUAGUUGGGAUUCCGUCACAUCCAUCAAAUUCAGAUUGCAUGAUGGAAGAUGUUUUGGUAUUCUUGCACCAUAAAUCUGCAUCCUCCCCAAAUUUCCUGAAUAAGGAAAGCACACUGGAAAAGUGUGGGACGAGAAUGGCUUGAUUCUCAUAUAACCUUCCUGCAAACAACACAGAAUGAUUCCUCAAUAGUUAGCUGGCGUCAUCAAACCUCCCCUUAAACUUUGAGUAAACAAAUUAGAAUGAAUGUUCAAGAAACAGAUAAUUAGGAAGCAGCCUAAGAACCUCAAUUUUAUGCUGUUUCUACACACUAUAAGGCACAUUCAAACACAUUAUUUCCCUCAAAGAAUUCUAGGCUCUGUAGUUUACCCCUCACAGAGUUACAAUUCUAAGCAACCUUUAACAAACCAUAGUGCCCAUAAUUAUUUGAGAGGGUGGAGAAUGUGCUAUGAAUGUGCUUUAAAAGUACAGGGUAUACACAGCCUUGGUGACAACAGGCCUGGCUUACUGGUAUUACUAUGUUGCUCAGCCUUGCUUUGGCCACUGGAUUUGCCACUCCAUACAAGGAGGGGGGAAGAAGGCUAGGCAGGAUGGUGGCCAGCCCCCUUCAAAGGUCCCAUGAGAUGCAAUGUCCCAUGAGACAUUGAGAUCUUGUGAGAAGGCCACUCCUCCCCUCCAAGUAUGGCAGCUACUGUGCUAGCCUACAAGUUAGCCAAUGGUUUUAACUAGCUUUCCAAGCUGUAAGUGGUGACUCCACAAACACACUUCAAGCCGUAGUUUCAAGGCAAGGUUCUAACCAAAGUUUCCAAGUUUAAAUAGCAUGAUAAAGUAUGGUUAGUAAAAAUGGAGGAAGAAAUGUGCAACAGGUGAGGAGGGAUGAAGUUGGGGAGUACAUGGGUCUGUGAGAUCACUAUGAUUUGGUAUUAAUCUGAAUUGAAUUAGAUUACAGUUCCUUUUCCUGCUUAACCUUGAAUCUCAAAGAAUCCACUCAAAGAUCAUAUUGAUCAAACACUUGAGAAAAUCAAACUACCCAAAUUGCAGGACUUGUAGAACAAGAAACAGGAGAAUACAAAGAAGGGUGGGGGGAGGCACUGCAGACCUUUUUCACUUUUCAAUCUCAGGUCCCAUAUUAAGCACCAUUUAGCACAUGAAAGCUUUUGCAACUCAAGUGUGAAACAGUGUGUGUUUCUGCUUUUGGUGGAGAAGAUGAAAUGGGGUAUAAGCAUGCAAUGCAACACUAGGUUCCCACCCUGCACCAACUCUUACCUAUUUUGAAACUGCAACAAGUAUUUCAACAGAUUCUUCACAAAUGCAGGGCUGGUAGCAUAAGCAUAAACCCCGAAGCAAUUUCUAGCAAAAAUAUUUAGCUAUUAAUCUUCUUCCUCCAAAAUACUCCCACAUUCCUUCUGCUCUGUGCCAUCUUGUAACUAUUCUGUCAACAAGCCCAAAUACAUGUAAGCCAAGUGGCAUAGGCAUUGUAGUUUUUUCAUGCACAUGCCAGUUGAAACAUGUUACAUAUUGGAUGCAUCCAAGGUAAAGGCACAUAAAAGAUGAACAAGAUUGCAGUGGCCCCCAAAUGUUGUUGAUAACAUGGCCCGAUUCAAUUUUGGAAGUGGUGAAGCAAGGCAUGCCAAGUGCUCAUAGGGGUAUCAGCACUCCUAAAUGAGCAUUUCAAAAUGUUAAGAGUUUUAAAAAAUAUAUAUAUUAAAAAUAGUGAGGAAAUUAAAGAACAAAGUUACAGGACAGAAGGGGCUGUACUUUACAAAACUCAUAAUUAACCUGUAGAACUCUUUGCUCCCAGCAGUGGACCAUGUGAUAGAAUUGCACCAUGCACCUGAUCUCCCUCCGGCCGCAUUGCUGCUGAAUAUAGGGAUAGAGAGGGGACAAGGGGAAGUCAGCAUGGUGCAAAAGCCCUGGAAGAGCCGAUCUGCUGCUCCUGCUGGCAUGUUUGCACUGCACUGAUCUUUCCUCUACCUCCUCCUCUGUCCAUCCCAGUGAGCAGCAGUGAUACAGCCAGAGGGAGGUCAAAUGCGCAGUGCAGCACCACCAUGCUGUCUGCUGCUGAUGGCCACAGGAUGUUGUUGCAAUGAUGGCCACCAACUUACAGGUAGCUUCCAUUAAUUUGUCUGCCAAGAGCUAUUAAGCAUGAGAACUACAACUCAGUAGUUAGAGCAUCUGCAAAAGGUCCUUUGGUUUACUUCAGUAGGGUUUUACCUGAGCUUUUGAGGAAUCCAACCCAUCUUCCAUAGUAGCAACCUCUGUAAACAGAGGUAGAAGUGAAUGUUCUGGAUGGACAUGGCUGCUCUGGUUAAAAUCCCACUGAGUUCAAUGAAACUUGCUUCCAAGUAUGUGGGUUCCAUGGCCUAAAUUGGUAUUCUGAAGACUGCAGUAAGAUGUUUUCCUCUCUUAACAAUCAAAGUUACAGCCAUUUGUAUUUGGCCUUCAGCCUUCCUACUGUAAUACAUUUACCCACAAAAGCAACCGAGACGGAGCAUCGCUUUUAAUCUAAACUCAAUUACAGAAGAAAGUGGGGGUAUUUGGGGGUGGGGAGGAGGGGGAGUUGUGAACCUUUGUAGUAAAUGUGAAGUCAUAUAUGAAGGAAACUGGAAUAGUCACAUCCCCAAACGGUAAUAAGAGAUGAACAGCAUGACUCACAAUCCAGAGAGCUAAUUUUCAAAAUGUUUGAUAAUAACUGAAUUUCCGUCUUUUCAAAGCUGUGUGGGGGAGGUAAGGAUUCUAUGUUCUGAUCUGAAAGUUUAAACUGAUAGAUUAUCACAUCCAAAGAAAGGGGACAGUUAGUUACAUAACAAGCAGCUGUAGGUGCAUCAGAUACAAUGUGUGGGCAGUCUGAGGCAUUUCUAAGAAGUAUGUUUCUGUAGGUGUCAGAAAGUAAUUUAUUUUCCAUCCUUCAUCAGCAUCUAAUGUAAGUGUAGCAUCUUUGUUAUUUGCCUGAUAUUUGAGGAUUUCGGAUUUUUAAAAACCACACGGAUACAUUACAGAUUCUUUCAGAAAAAGAAAGCAAACUAAAAUUGAUUCAUUUAGGAAACCUCUCAAAGUGCUGUAUUGGAUAGAUCCAUUGGACACAUAAAGGCUGCAUGCUGCUUUUAAGGUCUGGGAGUUGCAGCAGGUGCAGAAUGCUGUGGCUAGACUGGAAAUGAGAACAGACCACCAAUAUGAGAUAUGACAUGUGUUAAGAGGGCAAAAAAGCCCUGCACUGGCUUCCCAUUUACUACUGCACUAGGUUCAAGGUUAUUAGACCAAUGCACAAAGCCCUGAAUAACUUAGGUCUAGAAUACCUUAAGGACCACCUUACUCUGUAUGGACCAAGUCAAUUGCUGAGAUUGUCUGGGGAAGCACUAUUAGUGGUCCCCCAUGGACUUAAAAGCAUGACUCAUGUCAACAUGAAGUCAUGCCUUCAGUGUUGCGGGCGCAACUCUGUGGAACUUCCUCCAGAGUGGCAAAAGUCAGAUGCAAGAAUGUGAAUUGGCAGAAAGAAAAGAGCAGAAGAUUUUAAAGAGCCGUGUGAGAUAGAGCCAGUAAGCAAUCCAAAAGAGUGAGCUGGAUGUGGCUUCUUGGUUCUAGAAGCAGCACAAUGCAAGGAUGUGAAUUGGCAGACAGAAAGAAACAGAGUAGAAGGCUUUGAGAGCCGCAUAGGACAGAACUGUUAAAAAAAGAGACAAUAAAACCCAAGGGAUUAAAAAGCCCUAGGAUUACAAUACUGACCAUUGAGGAAAUCCGCAAGAUACAUGCCCUCAGGGCAGCGGACGAUACUGAUGUUGCAAUUGAGGCAGCUAAAAUUCCACUUUGAUGGCCCCGCCCCACCGAGUGUACGACCCCCUGGAGUCAUCCGACGCCCAGGACCACAGAGAGGUUCAUUUCAGGAGGGCCUUGGAUAAUGAAUGCUUCUCUGAUGUGUUAGCAGUUUCCCAAUGCUCUUUCUAAAAUUUCUGAGAUUUUAAACAUCUGAAGUUUAACUUAUAUUUUAAAUUUUGUUAUUUUGGAUAUUUUUCCUGUUGCAAGCUGCUUUGAGAACUCAGUCAUGAAAAGUGGGAUCUAUCAUCUAUCUAUCUAUCUAUCUAUCUAUCUAUCUAUCUAUCUAUCUACAGUGGUGCCUCGCAAGACGAAAUUAAUCCGUUCCGCGAGUCUCUUCGUCUUGCGGUUUUUUCGUCUUGCGAAGCACGGCUAUUAGCAGUUUAGUGGCUUAGUGGCUAUUAACGGCUUAGCGGCUUUAAGAAAAAGGAAACAAACUCGCAAGAACUCGCAAGACGUUUCGUCUUGCGAAGCAAGCCCAUAGGGAAAUUCGUCUUGCGGAACGACUCAAAAAACAGAAAACUCUUUCAUCUUGCGCGUUUUUCGUCUUGCGAGGCAUUCGUCUUGCAAGGUACCACUGUAUCUAUCUAUCUAUCUAUCUAUCUAUCUAUCUAUCUAUCUAUCUCUAUCAUAAAUAAGAACACUGCAUUCAAUUGCAGAAGUAGCCCAAGGCAUUUGGGUACCUGAAGAAGAAAAUUCCAAUAGCACCCCCAGGGUGAUAAAAUAUUAAACAAACAAACAAUAAUGCCCACCAAUGGCAACCUAAGGCCUGCCACUAGGGACAAACUAGCUAUGCUACGGUGCCCCUCCCCCCCCCACAUUGGUUAUAUGAGCAUCGGCAUAUGAGUAUUUAGUUUUUUAUUCCUCAGGAGAAAUAACACUUUCUAAGAUUUCCUAUGGUCGGGGUUAUGCUGCGCCAAGCAUAUCUUGCCAGUUAAGUGCUGGUUGUGUAGAGUACACCACAAAAGAUACACGAGUAUACAUCUGAGGCUCUUUCUUGGUUACCUCUGUGACAUACCGCGGGAAUGUGGAAAAUGUUUCAGCCUGAGGCAACCUUCUGGAGUUCACAUGGUGGGCAGUGCCAGAGGCAAAGCAACAAAUGUAAAUUUUACCAUUGUACACUAAGCUCCUUGCUAUACACACACCAACCCUGCCUAGCCUGCAUCUAGACAAGCAAAAUACAUUGUCAGAUUUCCAGGACACACUCCAGCCAGGCAAAAAUAUUUUGGAUGCAAACACGGCCCAAUGAGGGAUUUGACCUAGAGAGAGUUCUAAGGGCCCAAUAGAGAGGCCUGGGGUGUGGUGCAGGAGACACAUUUAGUCCCUGGCCUAAGAUUCCCCACCCCUGCCAUACUGCGUACUGUAACUGAAACGGCUUCCUGUAUACUUGUGUACCAGUGGUAGGAAAGGUCUAUAAAUGAAAUAAUGACUCAGUGAAGAAUCCCCUUUGUUUGAACUCUCCUUACAUCACCUCUUGCUCUUUCCUUCUGCCUCCUUCCCCUAUCCAGUUUAUCAGAUCGCAUUCUUCAAAUCUUUUCACUCUAAAUUGCCCUCCUAUCACUUCAGGAGACAAAACAUCCAUUUCCUUUUGAUAUAAUGUCUCAAAAUUUAUUUCACGUUAGUCCAAUCUCAUUCUCUUCAUGGUGUCAGGGUUCUGGGGAUAAGUCGAGCUUUUCAAAAGUCACCAUCCAAGCGUCAAGAAACAUUGCUUGCUCAGCUUGAGAAGAUGGAUGGAGAGUAAUAAAAAUAUACUGAAAGCAAUGCAGAAUAAUGCUGGAGAGUUUACAAAACAGUUAUGUACUGCAAGGAAAAAAAGACUGAAAGUUUAUAAUGGGAACUCCAGGGCACUCUAAAACAAUAAGUGGACUCUUAAUCAUCUCUAGUCUCAGGAUUGUCCUAAGGAUAAGUACUCUUGGCCAGAGUAGGAACACUGACCGAGGUUUCUCUAAAAGAAUCCAUAGUAGUCUGGACAUUAUUGGGUUAUAUACAGUGGUACCUUGGGUUACAUACGCUUCAGGUUACAUACACUUCAGGCUACAGACUCCGCUAACCCAGAAAUAUUACCUUGGGUUAAGAACUUUGCUUCAGGAUGAGAACAGAAAUCGCAUGGCAGAGGGAGGCCCCAUUAGCUAAAGUGGUGCUUCAGGUUAAGAACAGUUUCAGGUUAAGAACGGACCUCCGGAAUGAAUUAAGUUCUUAACCUGAGGUACCACUCUAUUAGUAUUAUAGCUUGGAGCAAGAUUCCACUCUUAGACCUUUCUAGUUUCUCCCAGUUUCUGUCCAAUGCAAGUCCAGCAAUAAAACAUGGUGUUGGGGUUGGAGUGAUCCUAUACAAAAGUACUUAUGUUAAUCUUGACAGGGUACAUGAAGGCAGCACUUACCUAAGAACAGCCUACUGGAUCAAGCCAAUGGCCCAUCUAGUCCAGCAUCCUGUUCUCAGUGGCCAGCCAAAUGCAUGCAGGAAACCUGCAAGCAGUACUGGAAAGUUACAUCUCUAACAACUCUGAAACAUCAGUUUGAGUUAGACAUAUGCAUAUGCAAGGGUGCAAUUUUUCCCUGGGUACAUAUUAAGAUCCUAACACUAGGUCCUGCAGACUACAGCCUCAGCCAAUGUGUAUAGAUGAAAACCAAGGACUUUUCUAGAUGUUUCAAUGUUUUAAUCCAUAUUUUUUUUGCUUAGGUUUUAUUUCAAUAUGUUUUCUUCUUGGAUUGCAGAUAUAAGGCUGCUUCUUUCAUUAAAUGUUAUUUUGGCAACAGUGGGGUGCUCCUGUAUCAGGUCAAAGCAAAUGGGAUGUUAGGAGAUCUCUGGGAGGGGACUAAUCCAUUAAGGGCUGUGGUGCUGGUGGGGUGUGUGUGGUUUAACCCAAUUAAAAUCACCCCUGCAAGCUCCUAAUUGCCCUCUGAGGAAAGCACAUGAGCAUACUCUUGUGUCUUGAAUAGUUACAACUAGUGCCGUGUCAAAACCUGUUCUCCAAUUUCUUGAAAGUUUUCUUCAGCUGCAAAAGAAGUUUCCACCUUUCUGCCUCUUUUGCAGUGUGGGAAGUAUUUUAACUUUUGUAUUUUUUAGUAUUUUAAACUUUUGUAUGUUUUAAAGUAUAGUUGUGAGUUCCCCCCUUGAUUUCCUUAUCUUUUUGUAAACUCUCUCUCCCUCCCUCUCUCUCUCUCUCUCUCUCUCUCUCUGUGUGUGUGUGUGUGUGUUUCACAAUCAAGUAGUAUAUACAUUUUAAUGGAUAGAUAGAUAGAUAGAUAGAUAGAUAGAUAGAUAGAUAGUCAGUCGGGGAGAGUGGUUAUUGAGAACCUGAGAUCAGCACACUGGCUAUGCCUGUUUUUAAGGGAGGGUUUUCCUUUUUUAAAAUAAAGGAAUCAGUGCAGAAAGGCGAUUUUCUUUAUCACUUAAAAUAAUAAUAACGAACAGCAGCCAGCCACAGAGUAGAGAGCACACCUGCCCUCUGCAGGUCAGGAGAGCCUGACCAAUGGCAUCAUGGGGUUUUUAGGAAGGCUUCAGAGUACAGAUCAGAAAAGAGGUGAUUUGCAGAAUGAAAGAAAGGUUAGUCACAAACACCAUUUGGCCUCCUUGAAAGCACACCGAGCACAACAAGAACACUGUACCCCACUCAUUUCUCUCCCCUCUGAUAACCUUCAUGUUCAGUUUCUUUCCUCAUUAAUUGAUGGAGAAAAAGUAACUUUCAGGACAUCACAGUACAUGAAUAAGGUGAAUAGUUCAGCCCAAUGUAUUCUGAUAUACUACAAGCAGAUUAGUAUAAUAACCAGUUUUCAAAAGUUGCAUAGUCUAGGGGUGGAAUGGCAGUUAGAGGAGAAGCAAGCAGCACAUUUUUAUGGGUUUUUUUGUGGUGCAAUGGAUUCUGUAUAAAUAUUAGCCUCCAGUAAUUCACUGAGUGCCAUUUGCUGUGCAAAGCACUCAUUCUCAACAGCUCAUCUGAUCCCUUCCAGUGCUAGGUAUUAACAGGAUUUUGUAUUAGGGAAGGUGAUAUGGGAACAUUCAAGUCCUGGGAAGCAGCUCUUUGAAUACGAAAGCACAGACAGUUAAGACUAACUUUUGUUAUUGAGUCACUUAUCAGUAUUCACUUUCAAAGCUUCAGUUGUGCACAGGAAUUUGAGGAAUGGUAAUACACUUGUUCACCUGCACAUCUUUCUCUCCAGGAGAGGCAGUCUAUUAAUUCUUCUUGAUGAAGAUCCAUAACCAGCAUUCACUUUACAUAAUUGCCCGUCAACUUUAGUGGCUCAGAGUCUGAGCUUGUCCAGAUUUUAUCCUUGCCAUGGAGACAGCACACAUCCUGGCCACAUGGCUCAGAGCAACUCACAGUAUGAGUCAGCCUGCUCAUAAAAGUGUGAUUUGCCAUGAUUGGUGGAUAGGGGGGAAAACAAUCUCAAUGUGAUAGUCCCAACUCAUCACAGCAGCUUCUAAAUGUUAUAGCUCUCUCAUUGCAAUUCAGAAUUAGGACGCAGAUCCCAGGGCGAGUAUAUUCAGGGAACAUCAUCAUUUGUCCUUGUGUGAAGAUGGCAGUGAUUAUUACGCUGUGUGCGCAAAUGGUAGCUAUCUGAACAACUCUACUGAAGAGCAACAACACAGGUAGGAAGACAUAGAUCUACAACAUAUCACUUUUGUACACCAAAAAAUGACAAGGAGAAGGUAAGAAAAAGCAACACCUACAAAUAAUAUUGCCACCACUUUCCUGACUGAAGGAGAAACUUGGCAAGCGUACAAAUACUUUCCCCCACUACUGUCUAAAUUGUCAACUAAAUAAAAAAUUCACUGGCAUUUGCUAGCCAAUUACAACAACAAUUUGGCAAGGUCAUCACACCAUCAUCAUCCCUUUGAUGACAUUGUGUGAACCAGUACCAUUUUUAACAUCCAUAGCACACAGUUUUCAUAUCUUGAGCAAAUAAGAUUAAAUAACUGUAAAUGGUUUGGCAUUGCUAUAAUUUGUUGAGCACCAUCAGCUCAUUGUCAAAGGAGUCAUACAUGUUUUUGCCCACACUGGAGAGGAGUGGGGAGGCCAAUGAAUGAAAAUAUACAACUAAACAGGAACCAGCAUCAGAAUCCUAGACAUGUCUACUUAUAUGUAAGCCUCAUUGAAUUCAGUAAGAUUUACUCCUAGAUAAGCAUGUAUAGGACUGCAGCCUUAAAGUGGAAGAAAUGCCUCAUUUUCAGUCUUCCAAAAUUGGCAAAUACAGUUACCUUAUCUAAGGAGAAAACCAGAAUUUGAAGCAAAGUAUUUUAGCAGGGGGUAGAAUUUCAGACUGAAAAUUAAAAUGACUGCCAUUUUUAAUUUGAUUGCAUUAACUUGGGAGGCCUAAGAGCCACAGAUCCCUUCUGUUUCCACUGUUAAUUGCAUUUACCAGCUCUUAUUGUGUCUUAUUUAACAGAGAACUCUACCUAAUUGGUGGAGCUCCAUUAACCUCAUAUAUAAUUUCUCUCUCUCAGCACUGGAUGAACAGUACCAAUCAAUGAUCUAAUUUUACUUUUACUUUUAAGUUCUCCAAUUAACUUUCUCCCCUUAACAAUGCUGAAACAUGUGUUUUUUUCUACUCAAACAGUAUAGUCAUUAUGAGUACAAUGAAUAAUCCUGGGGAAUUGUGAUUAUUUAACUGGAUAUAGAAACAUUUAGCUUCAGAAUGCACUGCUUAUUCCUGUAUUCUCAAAUUUCAUAAGGUGUUCUUAAAAUAAAAGUAUUAGUUUUUAGGCACCAGGCAAAAAAGUUUCUAUUGACCCAAGUUCUUGGUUCUUAAUCUGUGGGGUAUUAGAUAUAUUUGUGGCCUCUUUUCUGCUCAUCUUUUUAGUGGGUUGGGGUUAGCUCUCCCCUUUUAUGUAUAUUAUAGAUGUGCUUUUUAUUUGUUUUAUCUAUUGGUUUUAAUCUUUGUUUCACUUUGCAAGUGACUCUGGGUCGCUUUUUUUGUGAAAAAUACUGACAUUGUAUUUGAAAGCAAGUUUUGGGGAAAUCACUGGGCCUUUCAUUUAACUACAGGAGUUUGGGAUUGGGAAGAAGAGUGCAAUGUGGGUGAACCUAUUUAAGAAAGCCUAUUUAGUAUAGAGAGACUUCAAAGGAAAACUUCAUCAACUAUUGGCUUAUGUAACAUAGUUAUAUUGCCCCAAAGAGAGCUGUUCCAAAGGAGGUUACAGCAAUAAACCUGAGCCUCUUAGAUAACUGCACAGGCUGAGGUGUGCAUCAGGCCAUAGCCCACUGCGAACCAUGAGGCCACGGUUAAACACUUUUAAUGUCCUGUUGAUUUUAAUAGGUGAUACCGAAGCACAAGCUUAUGUCUCUUCUGUUGACAUUAGUGGGAUCUUAACGUCCCUCCCUUUGGUGAGAUUGUGUGCCAUGGGCUCUCUCUAAGUUUGCUUCUGAACUGAUUUUAAUAACAGCACAAGUGAACUAGCUUGGGGAGUGUUAAAUAGAAUCAUAUGAAGAAAUUGGCUUCUGUUGUUCUGUAGCAUUGCAUUUGAUAGUGUGAGCCUGAAGGCACAAGCCAAUGUAAUUGUUUGACAGCCUGUAUGCCUACUGGAAGCAAAGUGAAAAGAGCCUAGUAUUUUGUAUACCUUAGUGGAGCAGGCCGUAUGUUUGUAUGUGCCUACUGAAAUUUACCAACAGCAGCACCUUACUUACAAGUGCAGUCCUGCACCAUGUUUAAUCACAGGUAAGUUUCAGUCUGUUCCAUGAGGCUUACUCCCCAUAAAGUGAAUUUUGAAUUGCAGCAUUUGGAUACCAGUCAGGGCUCAACUAUCUCUGAAAGUCAGCUCUAGGUUGGAGAAAUCUGAUUCCUUGAUACUCAGGUCCAAAGUAGACAUGAUGUUAUACGCAUUUUUGCAUCUAGAGGGCUACAAAUUAUUGGAAUCACGGUAGGGUCCAAUGGGUGAUUUCCUCCUGCUGUAAACAGCAGCUUCAGAGGAGGGAUUUUAUUCAGGAUCACAACAAGGGAGGAAAAGGCUAAUUUUUCCCUCCAUGCCUGUUGACACCAGCCUCACUGAAUGUCCCCAGGUUCUAGUAUUUAUAUGAGAAAGAGAGAGUGCUCUCUGUGUCUGCUUUCUGUAUCAUGCAUAAUUUUAUACACCUCUGUCAUAUCCCCCUUUAUUCAUCUUUUUCCCCCAAGCAAAAAAAGUGCUAAAUAUUGGACUUUUUCAACCAAUCAUUUUGGCUGCCAUUUUCUUCACCAUUUCCUGCUCCACAACUUUUUUUUGAUGUGUUGCAACCAGAAAUAGACUAUUUCAAUAGUAGACACACCAUACUAUUUCAAUAGUACACACACCAUAGAUUCAUAUAACAGUACUACAAACUUGACAGUUUUCUUUUCUAUCCAUUUCCUAACAAUCCCUUGCAUGAAUUUCACAUAUUUCACAGUUGCUGACACUGGGUCUGUUCUCCCUUCGAUUGGGAGGCAUCACUUGACCUCCUCUUGCCUUUUGGUGCAAGAAGAAAGCUUUGGUGGAAGAAAGCUUGCAUGGCUAAUGUACAGUUUUCUUUCCUUACAGAGCUUGUUGAAAGUUCUCUGGCCUGACAUCCUCCAGACCAGUGGUUUGGAGCCCAAGUCUUGAUACCAAGGGCUUGCAUUCACAGCUAAGCUAUGGGAGAAAUUGCCAUACUUGGAAGCUCACUGUAGUGACCCUACUGCAAGGCAAUGCAGAUCAGCUACCUGAAACUUACAAUGUCAGUUCAGACAGAUGACCUUAUGCAAUAACAAAACCUUGCAGAGUUUCCAUUCUAUUCCAUUUAUUUGGUUCUACAAGAUAAGCUGGGUGACAACCUCUAGUGUGACAGUUAAUUUUAACCUCCCUAUCAAUACACUGCUGCAAAAAGUAUUCCAUUGUUAUCAUGAAGCAAGGCGGCUUGAUAUCAUUUGUACUAGUACAGCUAUAAAAAGGGAAGGCAUAGCUGGAAACUGACGCAAGCUUGAAAAACCCAGGAAUGACGUUAUCACUGUACAGGCAGGCAGAUUAGAAGUAGAGGCUCUUCAAAUAUUAAGAGUCCAGUUGAAGAAAUCCAGCAUGCUCUUGUUAGUCAUGUCUUCUCCCUUACUGAAGAAUUUUUCUGUCAUGCGGAGGAGUAUAUAGAAGAAAUGAAGUCACUUUGGCACAGGAAAGAGUGUCCACACAAACACACACAGAAGACAACAUGAUUUGGGACAGACUGUUGCUGUUUCCAUAAAUCUGCAUGAGGGUCACAACUCACAAUGACUCUUCUUCUUCCAUUCUGUCCCUUUUUACUGCCUGGCCAGACGGGUAACAGGCAAAUUACUGAUGUUUCCCUAGCUAUAUUCUUAUAGGCCUUGCUCUUAAUACUCUCUGUACUUAUGAGUUGCAUUAUACUUAAUUUGGCCAUAUGUCCAAUUUACUCCAGCAAGCAGUUGUUCUCCAUGGUAGCUCAGUGGUACAGUACAUGCUUUGCAUGCAGACUCAGGUUGGGUCUCUGGCAUCUCCAGGUGAAGCUUGAAAAGCCCCUCGUCUGAAAUUCUGGAGAGUCAUUGCCAAAUAUGUAGACCACAGGUAAGGAAUCUGUGUUCCUCCAGAUUUUGUUGGGAGUCCAAUUCCAAUUCCCAUCAGCACCAGCCACCAUGUGCAAUGGUCAAGGAUUAUGGGAACUGGAGUCCAAGAACAUCUAGAGGGCCACAUGUUCCUCAGUCAUGUGGGGGUGGUGAGGUUGGCUUGUCUCACUCUGUAGACAGUACAGAGUGAGAUGGACCAAUUGUUUGUUUCAGUAUAAGGCAACUUUCUAAGAUCUCAAGUCAAGGUCCUUCCCACCUGCAUCACGUGAGAUCCUUUAAGUGAAGAUACUAAGUCUUUAACCUGCAACCUUCUACAAAUAAUUAUGUGCUUCAUCACUAUUUCCUUCUCCAAUGGAUGAGUACCUGUGUUUGUUUGCCUGGGCACACUAUUUGGCCACAGCUCAUAAUUGACACUUGAACUCUUCUUCACUGGAGGUAUUUAAGCAGAGACUAGAUAAUUAUGUUGUCAGAGAUCUUGCUACUGGGUUGGGUGAGGUGACCUCCAAAGUCCCUUCCACCUCCACCAUUCUGUGAUUUUCAUAUUCACUGAAACUAUUUUUCUUUUGAUAAAUGCAGGGUGUGUCAAGUACAGGCAGCAGCAAACGGAAGAUUCCCACCAUUCUUAAUUUUCUAAAUUGAUUCAGACAUGCCUGUUCGCCUACCCAAAUGUUAAUGCAUGACAGAGGAAGGCUUCAAACACUGAAAAGGUCACCAUGAAGCAGAAGGGAGGGGCAGGAACGACAGGUUGCAUUACUAAUGAACCUACCUUGCAGGAGAAUAGGUGCAGGACAAACUUUGCAUCUUUAAACAGAGUUGGGGCCUUAAUUUGCUUAAGGAUGGUUACUCUAUCAGGGAUGUCUGUAUAUGUAGGAAGAACUUAUGACUGAAGGCACAGUAAUGCUAAGAAACUGUGUGUGUAUAUACGAAUAUGUAUUCUCUCUCUCUCUCUCUCUCUCACACACACACACAGAGAGAGAGAGAGAGAGAGAGAGAAAGAAAGAAAUGGUGCUGGGAUAUUAUUUACAUGCAGUCAUCUGCUGGCAUCUCCAGGUCUCCCCAUACCAACAUUGUUUUAAAAAACCACAAUCUAAAGGUGUUUUACUCUGCGGUAAUUCCUGACAGAAUUUCAGAGACUGUUCACAACUGAGGGGACCAAACCAAUUGCACUGGUAGAUAGGUUCAGAAGCAGCCAUCGUAAGGAAAGAACAAGUUAAGAACCAAGCCAUAUUUCACAGCAUGGGUUUGCUGACUCAGGCAGUGAAGAAAGCACACCCAUCCUUAAAAAUGUGCACUUCUCAAAUUCUCCAAUGCAGUUCUCCAGCCAAGUAAUGUGUGCAAAAUCCAUAUACUAUAGUAUAGUGGAUAAAAACACAUGCAUUAAGGAAUACACCAAACAAAACUGAAUUAUUAGGGGAAACUGUUUUGCAGUAAUGUAUUGGGUAAAAUGACAUAUGUAUUAGUAGAAAUUAACACCAAAAAGCUGAUGAAUUUUCAUGAGGACAUAAGAAAAAUAGCAAACUGAUGUGGAAAUGUGGAGAACUGAACGUAAGUUUGGAAAAAUUAGAAACUGAGAAAACCCAGAAUUGACCAAUUCACCCAUAACUAGUUUCAAAUCAUGCUCUCUACUAAGCAUUUUUUAAAGGUACAAAAGCUAAGCAUAAGUAUGACAUGUGAACUUAUUCAUUAGCUGAUUGGUCUUUUCUGAAAAAAUGAUGUUGAUGUUGCCUUCACAGAGCAAGACUUUCCACAUACCUUUUUUCCUGGAUAGUCAGGUAUGCAGGAUUAUGACCAUCAGUUUCGAGGCCAGGGCAAUCUAAUUUAUGACCCAUCCAGGAUCGUUUUGGGUUUUUUUAUAUGAAAAUGAGAAGUUGCACAAAAUGCUGCAAAAACCUAGCUAGCUAUUAAUCUAUCACUUUGAAAAGUGGGAUAUACACAUUUUAAAUAAAGGGACAGAAAAUAUUGCUUUUGUUAAUUGGCAGCCUCCAAGAGCAAGUAUUUAAAGCCUACCUUAUAAAGCAUGGUUAAAUGUACUGUCACUUCACAGGACUUUUAUUGCUAUUGCUAAUAUGCCUGAGCUCCCAGUUUCAUUAAAUACAUCACCCUGCAUUGACAAGAUCUGCUCCUAAUAGCAUGAAGCGGCCCACUGCCAGCAUUUAAUUUAUUGGCCAUCGUUUAUAUGACCAAGCCUUACAAUAAUUAAAAUGCAGGCAUGACUGCUGCUAAAUGAUAUUGCUUUCAGUAGCUCAUUGCCCAUGAUAUGUCUUCGUAUGUUAAUGCAUUUCAGAAAUUCAAGGGACAAGUGAGGCUCUGCGGAAAACGGCAACGUAGGGUGUGUUUCUGGGAAGGAGAGUCUUUAAAACACUCCCUUCUCAAGCAGGCACCUUCCCAGAUUGUGCAGGUGAGAGAAUGAGGGACUAGGAAGAUGCCUCUAUAUCUAUUUCUGUGUAUCUUUACAAGUUUUUAAGUGUAUCUUUACAAGUAUUUAUGUGGGACCCCACUACAAAAUGGUGUUUGUGUGUGCAUCUGAACAGAGUGAGCAGGUGAAAGAGUAAGGGAAUGGGAGCAGAUUUCAAAAAUCUAUAACACUAGAUAGGUGCUCAGUUUACAACGUGAUGAAAACCACACGAAGGAGAGAGGUGGCACACUGCCAAGCCAUGCCUCUGUCAGUGCAUCGCUUUGCGUUCUUUACAACCCUCCAUGCAUUAGAGGUUAAAGGUCUGAAGCUGCGAGCCUCCUGCACUCAUGGAAGCUCUCCAUACUAUUUGGAUUCCUACAUAAUCAGGGUUCUAACUAGGGAUGUGAGAAUCUGCUCCUUUCAGGUUUUUCCAGUUUCUCACUUUUCUGGUCUGAAGUUGACUUCUCUAUAUUUCUCUGUAUUUCUACAUUUCCCCUACAUUUCUACAUUGUAUAUAAAAAAGGUCCUCAAGAAACUUCUACAGCAUUUCAGUGUGAAUCUCUCCUAAUAUAUACAUGCAAAUAUACAGUACUUAUUCUUGCAAACCAAUUUCCCCAAAUAUAAUACAUUUUUGUAUAUUAUCUUCACAAAUCUAUGCAUUUAAUAUAUGCACACUUUACCCAGGUGUAUGCAUUUUGUACAUAUUCUUUUGAAAAACUCAGAAGAAAAUGCUGGACUAGAUGGGCCUUUAGUCCAAUCCAAGUCCAGUCCAGUCCAGCAGGGCUGUUCUUGCAUUAUUCUAAAAGAAGCAGACCUUGUUGUGUUAGAACAUUGCCAUGCCUGCUGACAUCUAUAUCUUAACACCUUUGCGUUGCUGUUAACAAAUGAAGUUGGAGGUAAAGCCAACAGAUGUGAAUGAACUCAUUAUGUAACAUGGUAGCCCCAACAAAUUUGAAUCACACCAGGUCCUUUCUCAGGGGAAAUCUGGCAAAUCCAGUAAGCUGGAAACUGCUUCCUUCCCUUUAUACUUGCUUGCAGCAGUCAAUCUUCCCCAAAAAGAGUGCAAUGUGAAAAUGCAGCCAUUUCCAGCUUACUAGUAUUUUAUAUUUCCCUUGAGGAAGAACCUGGUGGGAUUUGAGACAUAUUUGGACUACAAAUUCACUGAACACAUUGUUCAGUUUUACAUCUGUUUUCUCCAAGGGAGUGAUACACAUCUCCUUCUUACAGACAAGACCUGGAAGUGUAGGGGAGAAAUAUCUCUGUGUCCUUUGUAUUUACAUCCACAGAAAAAGAGGACAUGGGUCACCCAUCCAAAAAAAAAAGAAAAGAGGAUAUAGAUUUACAUAAAUUUGCAUGUGCUAAUUUGAAUAUUGUGAUUCAAACUUAAUUAAUAUUAUUUUAAUGGAAAUACUAUUUAUCCCUUCUUGUUGUGCUCUCUCUUUAAACUGGACUUGGACUCUGGCCACAUCCCUCCAAAUUUCCUUUCCUCUGUAAAACCGAAUACAUUUCAUAUGUUCAUCCUACUUGCAUGCCUGCUUUCCCUGCUUCUUUUGGAAGCUGUGGCCCCUCACAUUUCAGCGGAGAGACUUCCUUCUGAGUAAACAAGCAUAGCAUUGCAUUAUCAUUUUCCUAGAGUUCAAGAGGACUUACACCCUGAUAGGACAGAUUUUGCUAGUAAAGGAAAAGAGCACCCUGUUUGCUAGAAUCUGAGCUCAGAUGUGCAGGCUGGGUCUGUAAGGCAAUCAAGACUUGCUGUCAACAAGUAUUAGCAGUGGGAAGAGUUUACCAGCAAACUGUGGUCAACAGGUUUAUGUACACAUCAUGCUAUCUUCACAAGCAUUUCCUGCCUCCGUAGAUAAAAUUGAAGCCCUACUUUGACCUGGAGGUUGAUUCAGUUGAAACAUGACAUUUGACCUUAGCUCAGUGGUACAGCAGACAGUCUCUUUGCCAAUUAUUUUUUAUUGAUUUUCCCAUUUUAACCCAAUUAUACCAAUUAUUUCCAAAUUAAUACAAUUUUGUUCAUGUGCUGCAGACAGUCUCAAUUUAACCCCUGGCAUUUCUUUUGAAAAGGGUCUCAGACAAACCUUUGGAAAUCCUUGCAAACGAGAGCAGAUUGAGUAGGCAAACCAAUAGUCUGACUCAGUCUAAGUGGGAUUCAUACACUUCUAGGUCACAUAAAUAAUAUCUACAAGAGGCACACUCCAGUCAAAAGGUAUGCAGAGGGUCACUUGGGAAAAAAUCCCUUAGAGACAUCAUAGGAACAAGUUCAGCGGUUCAGCAAUUGCAUCAUAUUCAUUACAGCAGGCAGAAACCAGGAAUAUCAUACUCGUGUAAGCAUUGCACUUGUCUGUAAUUGCAGUGCAGAGAGGGAGGGAGGGAAUCGUGGAAGUUGAUCUGACAUAGCCCUAUUCCAAAUCUAACUUGCAUGACUCUCCAGUGGAAGAAUGCAAUCUGCUGGACUAAUGUAGUCCAGCUAUUCCAUUUUCAUUCCCUCCCUCCCUCCUCAUGCUUCUGCAGUAUGUUUACAAGCAACCAACAGCUGCUAGGAUGCCAGCAAUUGCUCCCAAGGGAUUACAAUUAAUAGUACAGUGGUGCCCCGCAAGACGAACGCCUCGCAAGACGAAAAACCCGCUAGACGAAAGGGUUUUCCGUUUUGGAGGCGCUUCGCAAAACGAAUUUCCUAUGGGCUUGCUUCGCAAGACGAAAGCCCAUAGGGAAAUCUCCGGUCCGCGAAGCCUGGGCGUGCUGAUCUCAGCGCGCGCAGGCUUCGGCAUGCCGGCAACUCUCCGCGAGCAGCGGCAGCGCUGCCGCUGCUCGCGGAGAGGUCCGCGAGCCUGGGCGCGCUGAUCUCAGCGCGCGCAGGCUUCGGCAUGCCGGCAACUCUCCGCGAGCAGCGGCAGCGCUGCCGCUGCUCGCGGAGAGGUCCGCGAGCCUGGGCGCGCUGAUCUCAGCGCGCGCAGGCUCGGCAUGCCGGCAACUCUCCGCGAGCAGCGGCAGCGCUGCCGCUGCUCGCGGAGAGGUCCGCGAGCCUGGGCGCGCUGAUCUCAGCGCGCGCAGGCCCGGCAUGCCGGCAACUCUCCGCGAGCAGCGGCAGCGCUGCCGCUGCUCGCGGAGAGGUCCGCGGAGCCUGGGCGCGCUGAUCUCAGCGCGCGCAGGCUCCGGCAUGCCGGCAACUCUCCGCGAGCAGCGGCAGCGCUGCCGCUGCUCGCGGAGAGGUCCGCGAGCCUGGGCGCGCUGAUCUCAGCGCGCGCAGGCUCGGCAUGCCGGCAACUCUCCGCGAGCAGCGGCAGCGCUGCCGCUGCUCGCGGAGAGGUCCGCGAAGCCUGGGCGCGCUGAUCUCAGCGCGCGCAGGCCUCGGCAUGCCGGCAACUCUCCGCAAGCAGCGGCAGCGCUGCCGCUGCUUGCGGAGAGGUCCGCGAGCCUUGGCUGGACAGCUUUUGAAGGCAGGUGGGGGGACAAGACUUUCGCCCCCGCCAGCCUUCAGAAGAGGUCCAGGACCUCUUCUGAAGGCUGGCGGGGGCAAAGUCUUUGUCCCCCUGCCUGCCUUCCCAAGGGCUUUUAAAUUGCCCCGGACAGCGGAGAAGUCCUCCGCUGUCCCGGGGCAAUUUUAAAAUGCCGCCCGCCAGCAUUUUAAGAUCGCCCCGGACAGCGGAGAAGCCCUCCGCUGUCCCGGGGUUUUUUAAAAUGCUGGGGGUGGGAAGAAAAGCCCUUGUCCCCCCCAGCCUCCAGAAGAGCUCGGGGGACAGACUGUCCCCGGACCUGGACUGAAGUCGGUUCCCUAGGAACGCAUUAAUUGAUUUUCAAUGCAUUCCUAUGGGAAACCGUGCAUCGCAAGACGAAAAACUCGCAAGAAGAAAAAACUUGCGGAACGAAUUAAUUUCGUCUUGCGAGGCACCACUGUAAAUCUGUAUCGUAGCUGGUUCUCCAGGAGGACCUCCUCCCUUCUUGAGCAUGCUUAAGGGUGGCAGCUAAAUCUCACUGGUGACUCAGCUACUCAAGAGAUUUGGUCUCAUUACUGUAAACUAGCCUAUUAAGGUAAAAGUGUUGUCUUUUACCUAACAACAUGCCAGAAAGGAAAUAGUGUGUUGCAGAGGGAGAACAGGACAUUUAACAAUGUAACAAUACUCCCUAGGGAAAAAAAUGGUUUGAUUUGGUAGAAGGGGAUGGGGAGAUCAGGAUACUGAUUUAUGAAUGGGGCAUACCACAAUGUCAUUGACAUUCCAGAAAUAUAAUUGCAAUUUACAGUAAGAAUCCUAAGUGUGAUUGAUAUAACUCUAGAAUUAAUUGCAUUGUAGGAUGUCUGUAGUGGAAGAGAGUCUACAGUAGCCAUCUCCAGACAGUCACCUGGAACAUGAAAAGGUUUAAACUAGCUGUAGGCAGGGGCAGACUGAGGACAAAAUUUGGCAUCCCUCCCCUGUUUUCUGUUCUGCGCAUGCUCUCAAGUGCAUCCCCUCGGCUUGGCACCCUGUGUGGGGGAAUCGCCUGCACUGCCCUAAAUCUAGUGCUUCUGUAGAAGCAUGCCCAGAAGCCCCACCUCGCUGGCCUCAGGCAUUCUGCCUCUCAGACCUUCAAGCAUUUAUGUGUGUUCUGCUGAAGGUAUUUAUAUAUCACCAUGCAAUUGGGAACCUCAAUAAGGCUUGAUAACCUUGAUAAACAUGGAAGCCGGAACACAGAUACAAGACCAUUUCAGAUCUUUGUACAAUGGUCUGAGAGGAGCCUGUGUGGACACUGGGUAUGGGGCUUGUGCCUAUGUACCUGCCUCUCUACCCCUUCAAAAAAAGACCCUCAUGAAUUCAGGCAAAUGCAUGAAGAGGGAUUAUAUAAAUAACGCAAUUGCCUUCACUUGCAAUACUGACAUAAAGCCUGCACAAUAAAACUGGAUUCAUAUUCAUAAUGCCUUGUAAACCACUCACAAGUCUAUUCUGGCAUUAAGUGGUACAGUAUAUAUAUUAAUACCUAAUAAUGGUGAUGUUUUGCAUUACUGUACAGUACUUUGUAUACACUGCAGAGGUUUGGACUAGAUGGCCCUUCCAACUGUAUAAUUUUAUGGGGUUUGUUAAAAAAAGUAUAGCAACUACUUAAAUUAUAUAUAUCUAUCUCUGUAGCCUAUCCAUAAACAGAUGCCUCAAUUAAAUUUCUCUGAGGAAGCAUGUGUUAAAUGAAUGUAAACCAUUUUUGUGCACUGUUAUCAGAUCAAGGUGCGAUUUUCACUUAAGAGUGUGUGUAAAUCAUUUGAAAGUAUAAUUUUGUUUCGAAAAGAGGGAGAGUUGCUAACAGUUCUAAGCAAAGACUCAUGUCUGGCAGUUUAAAAACAUGUGCAAAACCCCUUUGAUUUACUCCUCAUAAAGAUGCAGGCAAAUUUCUCUAACUCUCUGCCUGCCUCCUUUCUUUUAGCAUGUUUUGAAACAACAGCUGUACAAAUUUGCUAUGGAUUAAAGCAUUUUGGCUUGCUAAAUGGCUUGACGACUAUUGUUACAGGAUUGCAUAAAGGAAAGAAAAACUAACUGAUCCACAUGCUAUCUCAUAAAGACAAGUAAGCUCAAUAUUUUAUAUUUGUAGAGUGCUCUGGGGGAAAGAAUAUCCCUUUUGUAGCUUUUGCAGUUGUGCCAGACUUCCUAUGAUGAAUGAGACCAAAUGCAUGAGCAAAACUGUAUCAAGGGGUUGGAAUAAAGAAAGUGUUCCUCAUUGGACUUUAGAAAUAGGAUGACUUUGGCCUCUCUCAUCUGUAAAAAUGUAAAAUAUAUGAAGAAAUUCUGCAGCAUUUUCCUUCUCUUUACACAUUAGGAUAAUGAAAAACCUGUUUAAUUGACUGUUAACCAGUGACUGUGCUUUAGCGGUUAUAAUUACCCCAGCUAGUAUCUAUAGGGGUGUGAGUUCUCCCAUGAUAGCAGCCAGCAGAAACUAUCACACAGUGGCAGAGCAUCUCCAGUUAAAAUGGUAGCCAGCCCUUAUGUCAGCACCCAGCAAACCUAGGUUUCUGCUGGGACCCAUAUGUACUGAGUCCACGAGGUCUGAUGCCUUUCUUGUCUCCCUGAAACCCCCAAUCAUUAAAUCCAACCCCUGUCAACUAUGGAGGUCAGUCUGUGAUGGCCUUUUUGGAGGGGUGGCAAUUGGCUGUUUGGCUCCAAUUGGCUCUGAGUGGCCACCAUCUUGAUUUCUAAAAUGCAGUGCCCAAUGUCUGCCACAAUUUCCAGUGUCAGAGGAUUUCUUCUGCUAGCAAGCAACAUGGAAAGUGGUGCAGUGCAGCUCCACUUAGCUCCGGUGGCGGCAGCGGCUUGCUUGUCCCGGGUGCCAGCAACUCACGUUACGCCACUGCCAGUAGUAGCUUUUACAUUGUGUGAAAGAUCAAACAAAAUGCGGAAAUUAACAGGUAGGAAAAUGUUGGGAAGCUGGAAUAAACUGUCAUGUGAAUGCAACCUGAAAGAAAAUUCUUCGUCUCAUAUCACAGGCUCAUGAAUGAGCUUUUCAAAAGGGCCAGUGCCAGACAGUGGACUAGAUAGGGGAUUCAUUGUGAGGACUGUUUCUUUUUUAUUAAAUCCUAGAGAGUAUGAAUUAUGUAUUGACUUCUGCAAUGGUACUCUUUUUUUAAAAAAAAAAUUAAAAAUAAUUUUUAUUGAAAAAUAAUUUUAUUUUAUGUUACAAAAAAACAUUACAACUAUACUACCACUAAAUGGUACUCUCCUAUUAUGUAUGUACUGUUUUAUAUACUCUCCCACUUUAUAAUUAUUUGUUUCAUACUCUCUGUGUUUAAAUAUUUGUAGCGUAUUUCCUCUCUUGCAUAAUGUUUAGAUUUUGUAGUAUUUUUCAAAUACUUACCAAAUUUGUUUUUGAAUGCUUGCUACUCUACAAGUUUGGGAAAUUGGUGUGUUAUGAUUCUUUGCCCAUUAACAUCAGUAAAUAAAGCCACAGUCUGAUCAGCAAGUAUGAACUCAAAGAGCUAAAUGCCUCAAACUUUUAAUAUGAUGAUGCACUUAAUUAAGCAUCCUUGGGAAUAAUUAAGUAUGAAUGAGUCCAUAUAUAAUUAAGGAGACAAGUUUUAUGAUUGAUGUACACAGAACUAAUUUACCACCUCUGAAUUGCUCCAGCACAUAGGUAUGAUUAUGCUCCUAUGCCUAAUUGCUGAUACACUCGUUUUAUUUUUCAGCAUUUCUCUGUGUUUAAAUGAUUGCUAUGUUUUGUCUUCUCACAAAAGUAGGACUCUAAUGGAAAAACUCAUAUUUUUAUCAGUCAGCAUUUCUGUUACUAACUUUGAGAAAAUGCUAAGUGUUCUAAGGGCUGCUUAUAAUAACAAUCUGUUUCUGUACAUGCCAGCAGUCCUGAUUGUCCCUGGGUACAUUUUCAUGUUGCAAAAUGUAACUUGUGAACUGGCUGAUGACUAAUAUAGUUAGUAGUAAUUAAUGUCCCUGAUCAAAGUAGCUGUUUCACACCCAGUCACUGCAAUCCUGGUAUAUUCGUGUGUGCAUCACUUCGCACGCAAGUUGUUGACAUCCAUCUGUCUCAAGAGACAGUGUGUACGGAGGUCCUGGGCCACCUAGAUGACAAGACCCCACUACUGGCCUCACAGAUGUGGUCUAAAGGAAAGCAGAACAGUAUGUUUGACACCAGCUUCGCUGCAGGAAGGAGGUGUACAAGGCUCCAUCCAACCCUCUUAGGGACUUCACUCCGGAUAUGUGUAGGAUUUAUUCCUUAGCCUUUCCAUCUCCCACAAGGCAGCAGUGGUUUAGGUUCAGGUUCAGAGUUUUCCUUCUCCAAGUUGGGCUACCUUCUCAGGUUGACAAGCCCCAUCUGCCCCUCCCUUUCCUAAACAGCACACACAGAAACUGUCUUCUUGACCAUUGGACCCACUAUUGGUCUCCUCUGCUCAAUGCACUAGAGCCUGUCUUCACAUGCAGGGGAAGUCCCUAACUCACUGAAGGUUUGAGACCUAUCAGCCAGCCUCACCUGGUUCAGUCAUCCAGUCAAAGCCGUUCCUAGGGUGUGGUCACUGUCACAUGCUGACAGCAUCUAGGAGCCACAGGUGAGAGUUGAGUGCAGGGUGGGGACCAAAGGUGGACAAACUACCCCAGGAGGAGCACAACGUGUCCUCCACCAGAACUACUACCCCUCCCCUAACACCCCAUAUGCACAUAAGAACAUUCCUGAUAAUAGCUAGGAAUGCUCACAUAAGAAAAAUCUGCUGGAUCAGGGCAAUGGCCUAUCUAGUCCAGCAUCCUUUUCUCACAGAAGCCGACCAGAUGCCUGUGGGAAACUGACAAGCAGGAUUCAAACACAAGAGAACUCUUUGCUCCUGUGGUUUCCAGCAACUGGUAUUCAGAUGCAUUGCUGCCUUGAACUGUAUGUUGUACUCUAUGAAGUAGCCCUAGCCCUAGCAUUUUAGUGGUGUCAACAACAUGUCUAGAUAUAAUGGCUAUGCACUAUCUUUUCAUUCAGAGGACCAUGAAACUAACUGUUCAGUUUUGUGGUCCAUCAAGUUGAGGAACCUCUGUUCCCACUACCACCAUUCCACGGUUGUAGAAGAGGCAUAGUGGAAAUGGAGGGAGGGUGUGAUGGGCCCUAAAUCAACUUGAAAGAGGGCUGCAUUUGUCCAAUCCUGCACAGCUAUCCCCUCCCUUUCACAACCAAUUGCAUAGGUGGAACUGGCUGGAAACAUCACUUUAGAUCAUGUAGUGCAAGUUCAUUGCAGGACAGUUUCAAUGAGAUGGCUGCUGUUUCUUUAGGAAAUUAUUCAACAUUAAUUCAACUCCAUUGAGUGUCAGAUUAACUUGGUAUAUUAAGUUUAAUGGCUGAAAACAGCUCCCUUUUUAAAAUCCUGCUGUUUUGACAGAGCUGGAGAAUGAAACUAGGCCUGAGGUUUUAAAAGCCCCAGAAAAGAACAAGAAAGGAAAUACAUGCUUUACACUCUUUAAAAACCUCUUUUGACUAACUGCUCCCUCUAAAACCUAUGUUCAUGGCAUCAAAUAUUUACCAAAUGGAGGUUUAAACUGCUACAAAGGGAGUCUUGUCUCGAAUGUACAGGAAAAGUGAGUUGGGGAAAAAGAACAGCUAACUUGCUUGAUUUACAGCUUUCUGCAAACUCGGCUUCUAAGCACAUCAUAGCCUGGAAUGGCAUAAACAAAGUAGGCUGGUCUCAAAUAAUUCUGCAGGGUGAGCCUCAUUGAAAUUAUGUGAUGAAACACUUUGAGGAGUGGAAGUUUUAAAAAUAGAAAUCUUUAAAACAAGGCCUCUGUUUUGUGGUUUCUCAAACAAUUGGUUUUAAACUGAUGGUUUGUCAAAAGCUUUCCCCCUUUCAACAUUUAUCCUAGCUUCUUCUCUGGAGGCUUUCCCAAACAGUAAACAAGCCAACCAACCACACUUUACUUUUUGGAGCCACAUUGCAGAUGUAUUUACUUUAGAAUCUUAAACUCAUUUAACAGUCAUUCCCUCUGCUCUGACCAAGGAAUUCUAUUUCUUUGAAUAAGACUAGAGAUCUAGCCUCUGCACUCUCACUCUUCACUCAUUCAGACUGGCUGUCUAAAGCUCUAUGAUUGAAGGAAACCCUCUAGGCCGUUAUACCGGUCUGAGUUUGGUCAGCUGACUCACCUGGAAAUAGUCAGCUGACUUCACAAGCUAAUGAAGACACACCAGCAUCUAAAGAAACUAUCCUCCCAAGUCGGCUUCUGAGUCUUCUGGCUACCUCGUUGCUUCAGCAACAGCACCAUCCACUGUGUCAUGUGUUACCCACUAUCGACCUCCAGCCAAUCCAUUUGGCCUAUCUGACUAUUUGUGUCAGGCUCAAAGGCCUAACACUAUUAACCUACCUCCUGAUGGAGAUUCAGUUGUAGACUUUCUUCCUUCAAACACACACACGCUGCAAAAUGCAUCUGUUCAAAGAAGGAACACUAGCUAAAGUUGCUAUUUCCUGCUGCUGAGUCAGAUACCAGUUUUUGCAUAUUAUUUUCUGGUAUACAUUUUUCUUCUUCAAAAUUGAGUCAUCUUGAGCAUAUGGAGAAGGCAGGAUAUAAAAAUUAAAAUAAUAAAAUAAACAUUGCUGAUAAGGAUGCACACGUUCCCAUCUGUAUGGCAAGGCUCGUUUCCAACACUGUUAUCACACUGCUCGAAAAAAAUAAUGGAGGAUAUGGUUAUCAACAGUUACUAGUCAUGAUGGCUAUAAUCUCCCAUAUCAAAACCAGUAUGCCUUUGAAUAGGAAUUGCUAGGAAGGGCAGGGUUGCUAUUCCACUCAUGCCCUUCUUUUUUAAAUAAAAUAAUUUUUAUUAACCGACCAAUCAAAUCAAAUCAAAUCACAUCACAUAAAUUCCAAAUUACAAAGCCGAAUUUAAAAUUUUGUUGAGGGGACCCAUAUUUCAAGAUCCAAAGGGGGAUUCUGAUCAUCUUCUUGCUACUGCGUUAAUGUCCAAAUCAGUCCAAACAAAGUUCAUAAUUCUAUCCAGUCUUAUCUUGCUGUUUCCACAUCUCAUCUUGUUCGUAUAUUUUCUCUUUUUUCUUUAUGAUCUCUUCUGAUAAUCUCCUUAAGCUGAUAAACACCAAUAAUAAUCCUGUGUGAAUUUUUCAGUUCAUCCAAUCCUCAAAUCGAGAUGGUUUCCAUAUAUCAUCGCAUUCAUAGAUAACAUCGCUCUUUCCAUCAUUAAUCACAGAACUGUCGUUCUUAAGUCCCUCUGAGGAGUUUCACCCACAAUAUAAAAACAGCUCUAUUUCUCUAUUUCUCCUCCCAGACUUAAGUCCUCCGACAGAACUUCCCAAUAUGGCGACGGUAUUUUUAACUGCGUCAUUCCAAAGCCCUUAUACAUUCCACGCUCUUCUUAAAGCAUGCUUUGGUUAGAAAGUUUAUCUCCACACAGACAUAAAUCCACAGCUUAAGUCCUUCAAACGACAUUUCUGACUUGUGGCGGGCGGGAUUCUUGUUUAAUCACAUAGAGGAAAGAAAGGGAAGUUUUUUUUCCCCUCCCCCAUCCAGUCCUUUUGCCAUACCGAGUCUUGGUGUAUCUUCAUCUGGUUAAUUCUUGUUCUUCCGACUCGUCUUGUUUAUCAGAGAUCUCUUCUGUUAGCAGUCUUUACUCCCCCUCCUUCCUUGAAAUAUGUGCAUUCGCUUCAUCCUAAUCGUUUCUUUUGAAGUUCUUGCAGCUAGAGGCGCGGAUCAGAGGCAGCAUCCAGGAGCGCCGAUAUCCACAGAAGGGCAUUCUGCCUAGUGCCCCCAUCCCCACAAAUUCGGGGGUGGUAUAGGGCACAGCAGGCAAGGGCAGCCCCCCCCCAAUCCUGGGGGGGUAGGGAGGCUAUUUACUCCCAUCACAGCCUCCAAAUUACCUCGUGUGGGUCGGAGAUAUGUUAUUGUCAGCCAUCUUCUGAUGCGCCCCUAGUGGCCCCCUGGACUCAUGCCCUUCUUGGGGGCAUAAGCAUCUAGAUGGCCACUAUGAGAACAUUAUACUGGAGACUAGAUGGGCAUUUGGUAUAGUUAAGAGCAGCCUUAUGGCUUACUAUCUAAAUGCACCAUGGCUAUACCUGGACGGGGGCCAGUAAGCUUAAGUAAUGGAAAGGUCCAAUUCACCAACUUACACAUAGAGACCGUGCCUCCCUAGCCUAAUUGCUUUUCUGCCAAACACAAUAUUGCUCAUAAACAUGCCUUAGGCACAAAACAUUUGAAAUCAGUCCAAUCCAGUAUGUUGUUUUUGUUUAGUCCUGUGCCUAAUGGGUAAGGUCCAAUGCGGCUUUUGUUCAGAAAUCUAUAUAGCAUCUCCAUACAACAAGUGAGGAAAACAAAAGCUGUCACUAUGCCUCAGAAAGCGCUCAUUUUCAUUCUUUUGUUAUAGCUUCUGCAUUCUUAGUUUUCCAUAGAACUCCUAGCUUUUUUUGGGGGGGGGUAUUUGAUCCCAAACAAAUUAUUUGUGCAUUCCCCUGUAGUUUUUUGAUGGACAUAGCCAAGUAAUUGGCAAGUAACCAGUUAGACUUCUGCAUAAAAGCUGCCACCAGGAUUUGUUGAAAGUGAAUCAUCCUGAAUGAACAUUUGCAUGAGGCUUCUUUGUGUGUUAUGAAAAGAGGACAACUAUUCUGAACUCAUUGGUUCCCCAGCCUGACUUUGCCAAGGUAAUGCAAAUGCAGGAUCAGGAGAAAAUUGGUAGGCCUUAUCUGAUGGUGUAUUUAUGGUGUCAUAGUAACUCUCUACAUGAGAAAAUUAGGAGGGACGCGGGUGGUGCUGUGGUCUAAAUCACUCAGCCUCUUGGGCUUCCUGAUCAGAAGGUUGGUGGUUCGAAUCCCCGCAAUGGGGUGAGCUCCUGUUGCUCGGUCCCUGCUCCUGCCAACCUAGCAGUUCGAAAGCACAUCAAAGUGCAAGUACCGUAGAUAAAUAGGUACGGCUCCAGCGGGAAGGUAAAUGGCAUUUCCGUGCGCUGCUCUGGUUUGCCAGAAGCGGCUUAGCUAGCUAGCCACAUGGCCCAGAAGCUGUAUGCCGGCUCCCUUGGCCAAUAUUACCUUUACAUGAGAAAAUUAAAAAAUUGUCCAGUAGCAUCUUAGAGACCAACUAAGUUUGUUCUGGGUAUAAGCUUUCGUGUGCAUGCACACUUCUUCAGAUAUACUGAAACAGAAGUCACCAGACCCUUAUAUAUAGUGGGAGGGUGGGGUGGGGUUUUUCUCAGAAGGGUAGUGGGAGAUGGGUGAUUGGCUCAACAGGUAUGGUAACUGGCGACUGUCAAUGAUUGCAAAUAGUCCUACAGGAAAAAGCAAGGGAUAGUAUGCAGAUGACCAAAAAUAGCUUUAGCAUAUGUAAUGAGACAAGAAUCCAAUAUCUCUAUUCACACCAGGUCUCUCCAUGCUUUUCAGUUUAGUAAUAAGUUGUUAUUCAGCAACUCCUCUUUCAAGUCUAUUUCUGAUUUAUUUAUUUUUUGUAAUAAGACAGCUGCUUUGAGAUCCUGUAUUGAAUAUCCUGGGAGAUUGAAGUUUUCUCCUACUGGCUUCUCUGUCUUGUGAUUCCUGAUGUCAGAUUUAUGUCCAUUUAUUCUUUGGCAUAGGGUUUGGCCUGUUUGGCCAAUACAGAGAACUGAAGGGCACUGCUGGCAGAUCUAUAGCAAACCUUUUUGGAACUAAAACUGAGAUAUUGGAUUCUUGUCUCAUUACAUAUGCUAAAGCUACUUUUGGUCAUCUGCAUACUAUUCCCUUGCUUUUUGCAGGAGGCAGGGGAGAGCUGAGCCAGCAGAGAAAUAAGAAAUAAUGAUAAAUAAGCCAUAUUGAAUUCAAUGGGACCUACUCUUAGGUUUUUGUCCCCUUUGUCAUGUUUAGAGUAGGCUAGAUGAAGUCAUUGGGAUUCAAGUUAGGACUAACUUAAAUCCUAUUGAUUUCAGUGGGUCCACUCUUUCUGGAUCCAGUUCAGAGCAGGGAAUGCCAUGUUUGCCUAGUUACAUUUAAUUUCUCCCAGUGAUAUAACCAUGCCAGUUAAAACACAAUAAAAACACAAUUAAAGGCUACAUUCUCUCUUCACAAAAAAGACACUGUUCAUGUCCCAUUGCCAGAAAAGUCCCCAAAUAAAGAUUAACAGUGUGCCAUGAAGGUCAACAAAUCUAGAGCAUUUUGCAUCAAACAAGGAGUAUACUUUCAAGAUGACAGUUCCCCAAAGGCAGUUUUCUAUCACUAGAUCCCUCUCCGUGACAAGGUCAGAUGAUGGUGAAUCAAUAAGCAACUGCCACGGAUGAGCAGCUAUCCUCUUGCUUUAUAUCCAGCAUAUGAAAGCAAAUUGAAGCCUUCUCCACUGAACUCCAGUGCCAUCACCAGCUCCAUAUGGAAAACAGUAUAGAACUGCAGACAUAUUCCAAGAACAAAGCAGCAGAGAAGAAACCUAUAUCGUCUGCAUUUUGCCCUGGAGCUUCUGUUACUGAAGCAGAAACCAGGGGAUGCACCCUGACCUUCUUGUCCAUAUGCCUUUAAGAACUCAUCUCAGCACUAGGAAAAAUGGGGCAGGCAUUUCAUUGGGAAGGGAGGAUAGACAUACAGCAAUAACCGAGUGCUGUUGAUUUUUACACAGUGGAAAACAAAGGACUUAAACAAGACCGGGGAU